GAGGAAAGAGAUAUGUAAUUAUACCAAUCAGCAGUUCAUCCAACUUUUAAGUUCCUAGCAACAAUCGCCAUGGCACUCCAGCCCCUCCGCCAUGCACUCGCGUUCAUGCUCCUGUUGCUGCUGCUGCUGCUGCGCGCGCCCGGCGCAGUGCGAGCGCGCGAGCGCGACAUGCACCUGGAGAUGGUGACCUCGGCGCCAUCUGCCGCCGGAGUGGGCACUAGGACGCGCGCGGUCCCGUCGUGCGCGAGCUGGCGUCUUGCCGUGGAAACCAACAACGUGCGGGACUGGUACAGCAUCCCCGCCGAGUGCCGGGGCUACGUCCGCGACUACAUGUUCGGCGACCUGUUCCGGCAGGACUGCGCGGUGGUGGCCGCCGAGGCCGUCGCGUACGCCGAAGGGCUCGAGCUCGCCGGUGACGGGAAGGAGGUGUGGGUGUUCGACAUCGACGACACCUGCCUCACCAACCUCCCCUACUACGCCGACACGGGAUUCGGGGUUGAGCCGUACAACGCGACGUACUUCGACGAGUACGUGGCGAACGCGACGGCGCCGGCGCUGCCGGAGGUGCUGGAGCUGUACGAGAGGCUGCUGGCGCUGGGCAUCAAGGUCGUCUUCAUCACCGGCAGACACGACUACCAGAGGGAGCCCACCAUCAAGAACCUCCAUAGCGCCGGGUACCACACCUGGGAGAAGCUCGUUCUCAAGCCGUCAUCGCUGGGUUCGUCGGUGGUGCCGUACAAGUCCGGCGAGCGGCAGAAGCUGGUGGACGGCGGGUACCGCAUCGUGGGCAACAUGGGCGACCAGUGGAGCGACCUCGUCGGCGCGCCGGAGGGCGACCGCACCUUCAAGGUGCCCGACCCCAUGUACUACGUCGGCUGAUCUUAUAAGCUCCAGGACUAUGCAAUCCGUUACCUUCAUCAUGCUUUCUUAAGCACGCUUUGUAUCGCAGUAUCACUGUAAUAAUGACUCAGGAUUCGUGCAUCGCACGCGGAGGCCGGAAUUUUAUUCCAUUGAGUAA